AGCUGGCCAAAUGAGGUUCACUCAGACUUCGGAAUCUGCUCACCCGAUUCCAUUCCAUACGCCUCACGUUAACACUUGCAAGUACUAUGCAGCAGCAUCGGGCUCUCCUUGUACCGGAUGUACUACUGGUCAUAUUCGAGCACGUGAACCACGAGAAAAUCAGUAGAUGGUCUCGCAAAUCCCUUGCAGCGCUUGCUAGCACAUGCAAAGCCUUCCACGAGCCUGCAAUGGAUCUCCUUUGGGCUAACAUGGAUGGAAUAGAACCACUGUUAGGCUGUGUUACGAGACUGCAUCCAAUGAUAUAUGGCGGCGAUAAAAAGCAUAUUGUCACGGUCAUGCAUGAAUUCUCAAGGCAGCUUAUCCGACGUCCUGAAGGGCAGCUCUUCUGUUCUCAAUCUGUCGAUCCCCUAUCUGAGCACGAGACCCAUCAGUUUUUGCGCCAUGCCGCUCGUGUGCGCUCAAUUUCCAUAACCCACGACAGCCAUUUUCAUCUUAUCUCAGCUCUUCCCAUCGAGACAUGCAUCUUCCCGAGACUGCUGUCAUUAGCACUGGUUCGAAUUCUAUAUCCGACAAAAUAUUUGCAUCUCUUCCUGUCCCCCACGCUGCGUUGUUGCGUCUUAUCGGAAAUUCAACCAGAUUUGAAAGUUCUUGUGACCCGUUGUUUUGCCUUGGAGGAUUUAUCCAUCAUACCUUGUGGUUCAUCGCGUGAAGUUUCCCCACUGUCUAACAGUACUAUUUUCUGUUUGUGCAAGCGGCUUGUAAAUUUGCGUUGUCCACCGCUCGACUGGGCAGCAUGGAAGGACCUCUCUAUGCUCCCUACCCUUCUUACAGUAUGGAUUCACGGCAAAGUCCUUCACCCCUUCGGCAGCGACGAUUUUAAUCUCGCACUUUCCCUCAAGGUCACGGAUCUUUAUUUCUCUAUUGACAGCGCAGCAUACAUUAUCGCAGUCAUGCACAAUUUUGAAUUGCCCUCGCUGAAGCGGGUCAAGAUCAAUGUGGAUACUUUGCACAGGGCAGAUGGUGACCUGCUUUUACGUGCACUGUCACAGUGCAAAGCAUAUCAGACCCUCGAAUACGUCAAACUCUUCGCCGGUGGCCUAGUGGUCCAGGAACUCUCAGGCAGCUUGUUUACACCGAUCAGACAGUUGUUUUGUUUCAGGCAACUCCGAGUCCUGCGGCUCAUUCUUCCCUAUUGCUGCAGCUAUCUUGACAACAACCUUCUUUUCGAAGCCAUGUCAAGUUGGCCUCACAUCCGCUCGUUGGAAUUAACGGACCUCCAUAGGGACCUCCAUCCUCGUUCACCUGCCGUUACAUUUCGCGGAUUAUUCACAGCACUUCGCCUAUGUCCCCACUUGCAAAAACUGCGAAUACCUAUCGAUACUGAACAUUUCGAUAUUGAUCCGACAACCGAAUCAUUUCAACACACUUCCCUACAAUCAUUGGAUCUGGAUUCCCCUGACGUAGUGGAUGUUGAAGCUGUCGCUCGCACCAUCUUCUCCAUGCUGCCUGGCAUCCACCAAGUUAACCAAAUACUCGGUGGGAGACACUGCUGGAAGAACUGGCAAAAGGUCAACAAGCGUCUCGAAACUUUCAAAUCUUCUUCCGUUCUUGGCCAUCAAAUCAUAGGAACAUCUUCGCAGUCCUGAGUGUGAGACACUAAUAUUCGAGAAGUUGUGUCUGUCUUCUCAUAUUUUAGUGUCGUGCUGAGGAACUUUGUACUCUUCGUAAGCACAUUUUAU